GGUCCAUCCGCUACUGACUGCUUGGAGAGUGGUCUCUGCUUUUGUCAAACUUUUUUGGAAGACUGUACUUGAUUUUUUUAUCGAGUAUUACUAUGCUUCAUCUCCACCAACUUUUUUUGAGCGACUCGGAUUUGAAGAAUGUGCUCCAGAUGAAAGUGGUGAAAGUGGUGGAUGGCUUUGAGUGACGCGACCCAAACUAUCAGAGAUCAAAAUUUGGGAGUAUUUGUUGUGUUCUACAACGAAUGUGUGAGUGGAUAGCGCUACUGAACCCCAUGAACGCAAACUUCUCCAAUGUCCCCGUCGAAUUGAAGACAAUCAAAUUUGCACCAUAUUUCGGAUGCUUCGAAAAAAUUUGAAAUUUUUAAAAGAAAAUAAACUAUGUAGUUUAAUAUUUCUUCAAGUGUUCUUUUUUACCUUUUCAUGGGUUGAAUCACUUUCCCCUUACUAUAUCUAUCUGUUCAUCUGUCUUUGUAUUUUUAAAAUUUUGAUCCAUAAUUUCAGGGUUGGAACCUUUGGGCGUCUGUGUGAUGCUCCAUACUUUUUUUUUUGAUUUUUGAAAAACUAAACCAUCAGCCAGUUCUGUUACAACAAAUAAUUUCUACCAAAAACAAAUAACUAAAAAAUUGUUGUUUUAA